AUGGCUGGACGAACAAGAAAUAAUAACAACAGUAAUGGUGAUAGAGUGUCUGCUGGCGAUGUCGCUCGGAUUAUAUGCGCAAUUGCCGAUAGAGUAGGCAAUAUACCAUCUCAAAAUCAAGAUCAAAGCAAAUCUGAAAUGAUAGCAAAGUUUGAAAAACUACAUCCCUACAAAUUCCUUUGUGGAUCUAACCCCUAUGAAGUUGAAUCUUGGUUAAGACAAAUUAAGAAGUUACUAGACACUUCUGACAUCCAAAAUGAGCAAGAUAUGGUGACCAUGGCGGUGUUUCAAAUGGAAGGAGAAGCAAAUCAUUGGUGGAAAAUGAUCAGGAGUACCCGACAAGUGAAAACAUUGACUUGGAGGCAAUUUAAAGACCUAUUUAUGGAAAAAUAUUUUCCUAACUCACUAAGACAAGAAAUGGUUCAAGAGUUCCUCCAACUGAAACAAGGAAAAAUGCCAGUUACUCAAUAUGCAAACCGUUUUGAGGCUCUCUCAAAGUAUGUUUCAGCAAUAGUAGCAAAUGAAAAGGAUAAGGUUAGAAGAUUUGAAUGGGGUUUGGACACAGAUAUUAGAGGAAGAUUGAUCAUAGUACAACUUUCCACCUAUGCUCAAAUGGUGGAUCGAGCUUUAUUUGUAGAAUGUGAAUUAGCGGAUUCCAAACGCAUUCAAAAUCAGCAAUCAAGGAACAAUAACCAAUCAUGA